AUUGUUUUGUAAUUUUGAGCGAACACUGUGCUGCCAUAGACCGCCGUCACUUAUAAGUAUUACAUUUGUUGAGCGCAUGUUUAAUAGAAAAUAACAAACCAAAACACCGAAAGCAAAAAUAUGAGCUUCCCGGAUAAAGCGGAGCGUGCCAAAUGCUGGUCCAGCCGUGAUGAAUACUGGAAGUGUCUGGACGAAAAUGCACCCAAACAUAGCUCAACGAGUGGUGAAAAAGUACCCAAUGCCUGUCAACAAAUGCGCAAGGCAUUCGAGAAAUCCUGUCCCGGUCAAUGGGUGAAGCACUUUGAUCGCAAACGUACCUACGAACAGUUUAAAGAGAAAAUGGCUUCAGGUUAUGAUCCGUUAGAGGAACGCACUAAACCCGAAAAGCCGGCCAAGUGACAUGAUUUUGGUGUGUAUUGUUACUCGACAGUUUUUUUUAUAUUGUUGUAGUGUAGGCUAAAUAAAAAACAGAUGACUAAUUUAUAAA